AUGGAAUUUGCUCGUGUCGGGAAAAUACGACUUGCGCCAGCAGACUUCCGCCAUGAUGUUCUACCACACAUACGUCGUUCCCAAUCUCGGUCCAUUUCCGAUGGAGACAAACCAGCCCCCUCAAUGAAAAGCUACAUGACUGAUGAUUUCAGUCCUAUUGAAUUUAGCUGGAACUGGGGGAAUGCACAAGGAGAUGUUGAUAGAAGAGUGCGCUUUAGUAUUGAAGCUAUUAACAAGCAAUCUGGCACAAUUACCGAUCCAUGGAAUCAGAAAGCUACGAUUGAUCUUGUUAACCGCCUUGAACUCGAUGUACCGGAGAUAAAAGUGCAAUGGUUCCAUCGUCUUCUUAAGGAUUUCACUCCCUCAAGAGACGUUCUUUCUAAAGAUUUUAUAUCUCCUUUCGACCCGCAACAACCCCGUUCAAGUUUAUUCAUGGCAUUUGAAAUGAGAGAUAAGAUGCCUGUUGUCAAGCUGUACAUGAUGCCGUUUGCGAAAGCAACGGAAACAUCUCGAACUGAAUCUGCUAUUAUUCUUGAAUCUCUAGCCAGCUUCGCUCAGGAAUUGGAAUGGUCAUCCCUCCAAAGUUUGGUUCGAGCUUUAGAUCUGAAGAGCAAAUCACUGGGACUUGACCCAUUCAUGAUUACCUUUGAUUGCGUUUCGCCUCAAAAGUCACGCAUGAAGAUAUAUGCUAGGUGUCCAGAUAUAAGACUGGCAAGCGUCAUGGAAAUCAUGAGCAUAUUUGAGGAUAAGUCCAAAAUUGCCAAAGGUCUAGAAGAGCUUCGAAUGUUGUGGAAUCUGGUUUUCAGAAUCCUCUACUAUUUUGAGGUUCGUCCUAGUAGUUCCAAAGUAACCACAAAGGUUUAUCUCCCGGUAAAACAUUACGCAAAGGAUGAUCUUUCUGUUGCUAAAGGGCUGCAAACAUUCUUCAACAAACACGGAGGUUCACAAGACCAGAGUGUAAGAGAUUUUAUGGAUGCUCUGGAUCGAAUGUGCACUUACCGUCGUCUUGAAGCCGCCACUGGGCUAUAG